AUGCUUCUGCGCAAGACCGGCGUCAUCAUGUCCAAAUCCGUGUGCAUCGUUGGAGCUGGGCCGUCUGGGCUUGUUGCGGCAAAAACCUUGCUUCAUGAUGCCCUGCCCGGGGAAUACAAGGUCAGCGUCUUUGACGUCCGCGAUGGCAUCGGCGGACUAUGGCCAACGUCCAGGGCAGACACAAGUCGCCAGAUUCACCCUCUCAUGGUAGCCAAUCAAAGCAAACACACCAUGCAUUUCAGCGACCAAGCCUGGGAACCCGAUGCCCCUCAAAUGCCUCUGGCGUGGCAGGUGGGCAGAUAUCUGGAACGCUACAUGGACCGAUACUUGACAUCGCAUCCCCGCUUUGGACUGCAUUUAAGGACCAAGGUUGUCCGGGCGCAACCGCGUAAGCCGGAAGGUGCGGGAUGGGAUGUGUGCCUGGAGUUUGACGGCAAGUCGGAGACGCGGCAUUUCCAUCUUGUCGUCGUUGCAUCCGGAUAUUUCGGGAAGCCCUUCGUUCCGGAUGGCGUCUCGUUAUCUUCUUCGCCGUGCAUCACCCCUGUCAUCCACAGCAGCCAGUACCGAGAUCUGAAGUCCCUGCUCGGCAACAGCCUUUCCGCCCGAGGCAAAAUACUCGUUGUUGGCGGCCAAAUGUCCGGUGUUGAGAUUGCAGGGACUAUUGCAACCCAUUUGUCGUCUGCUGCACAUUCCCCGCAAGAAUACGCCGUUGCUGGCAUCGACCAAUGUUCCGUUCACCACCUCGUCCAGCGUCCGAUCUGGGUCUUUCCGUCGUACACUACUGCAGAGCCCAAGGCACCUGCAGCCCCGUUCUUGCCGCUUGAUUUUUCCUCGUACAAUCGGACCAACAGGUCUUUGCCCUUGGUGAACACACAGGGUCAUGUUGAUGAAAAGACUGCCCAGGCAGUACAUGCCAUCUUCCAAGCUUCACUAGGGACGGAUCAAUCUGUCUUUUCUCCGGGACUCUGCGUAGACGAUGCGGCCAAGAAAGAACCACCGUACUUGGCCGUGAGCGACUGGUACUGCGAUUUUGUGAGAUGCGGUUUAAUCUCAGUAUCCAGAGGAAAGUUGCACUCGGUCCACGGUGACUUGGCGAAACUAACGGAUGGAAGUGAGUUGAAGGACAUAGUUGCGGUCGUUGUUGCCACCGGCUUCGACCCAUCUCCGUGUCUAAGCUACCUGCCCAUGAGCACAUUGAAAGCACUUAACCACUCAGCUGAGCAUCGAGAGCAACCAUUGGCCUUGGCCUUUCAUGGCACUCAUCAUCCGGAUGUUCAGGGUCUCGGCUUCGUGGGUUUCUACAGGUCCCCUUACUGGGGGGUGAUGCAGAUGCAAGCCCGUUUCUUGGCAAAAUACUGGUCAUCCAGCGGGCUCUCAGAGGCGCUGAAGCAGAAGUUGAAGACGGAUAACUCGGUCCAAAAAACGCUUGACCUUCGAGGAGACCCGCGUCUGUCCCAGUUUCCCAUGGGAGACUAUCCCUUUCUGAUGCAGGAAUUCUCAGAGGCUCUAUCAAUACCGAGGGCGGAUCCUUCGCUCAGUGGUGUUCCAAACCUCCCACACAACCACCUUCCCUUGGACAUGCUCACACCAUCCAGGUAUCCCUCUGCGUAUGGCGACGAGGACUCGGAGAAGCUUCUCCAAGACACCGUACGCGUCGCUAUUGACGGCCUGACCGGUGUUCGCUUUGUGCCUCGGGCCGUGUUCAGAAGUCUUUUGGGGACGUGGAAGCUUGAGAGAGACGUGACAAGCCGACUGGCCACUCAUCCCAACGGGCAUUUCAGCGGCACGGCAAAGUUUCUUCUUCGAGCAAAGACGCCUGACGGUUGCCAGUGCGCCAAGCAGGGACCGGAACUCGGCGCUUUGGACGACACCGGCCUAGAGUAUCUCUACAUCGAAGACGGAGAGUUCAAGACAGACCAAGGCUUCGGUUUCAGAGCCAGUCGAAGGUAUAUUUGGCGGUAUGAUGAGGAAAGCGAAAAGUUGAGCGUUUGGUUCGCCAAGCCAGACGAUCUCGCAAGAGCAGAUUAUCUUUUCCAUGAGAUUGAGUUCCAGCAUCGAAAUGAGGGUGGCGAACAAGGCUGGGCUGCGAAAGCUGGCCAUCUCUGCAUUGAUGAUUAUUAUGACGUGGGGUACAAUUUUGCAUUCGAAGCAGUGAAUUUGAAGGAGUGGACAAUAGACUAUACCGUGAACGGUCCAAAGAAAGACUACACCAUCAGAGGAAAGUACACUAGAUGA